AGUUAAAACACCAUGGAUUUUGAAUACAUUACGGAAUGUCAAGACUCUGGAGAAGCAUGUUGGUAAAGAAGUUGCUCAAUUUAUGAAGGAAAAUCUUCCCCAGUCCUUUGAUCAAAACUCUCACUUGGAAAACAGUCUCGAAAUUAUUAAAUGCCAGUCACUUCGUCAACAAACUACAAAGGUAAAUGUGAAAACUAUAGGCAUGCACUGUAUUUAAAAUUGUACGCCCUUUGCCCCUGGUUGUUUAUCCACCUAACAUAGUCUGGUUAUUUUAAAAUUAACCAAGUUGUCCUGCUCAGAUUCCUGGUUACAUAUAUUAACCAUCUGGUAAGAACUGAGAUAAAAUAACCAGGAAAUUUAAUCAGGAAUAUUACGUUAACCCAAAUAAGGUUUUUCCUAGAUUAACCAGGAAAAUUUUAACCAGGGUGUUUUUAGAAUGUACUAUAUACUGCUUUACCUCAUGCCCAGGACCUCCUUUGGUUCAGCAUCGAUAUCAUCCUCGUCCUCAGGGCCUCUCGGCCGCGCGCGUUCUCCCUGGAGAGCGUUGCGAGAAUUAGACACUGUCGUUCAAAAAACACACGAUGCAAAUGCACGCCAAACUUCUGUCCCAACUAACGGCGAGCCAAAGAAGUGAUUUUUCAGCGACCAAGACACCAUUACAUUCAUUAUUCAACAGCAUAAUGUCGAACAACAAUUUGAGUAGCAGUGUAAAAAUGCGUGGCAUUUUAACCAACUAUCGUGAAAAUGUUUUGAGAAAAAAAUGUUUGAUAAUUGAUAUGGCUUGCACCAAAGUUUGAAGCGACCUAUAUACAUACUCUUACGCGCCACUAUAUAUAACGGAAGCAAAUCAAAAUUCCUAGCUGUUAACAUCUUUUUACUGUCCCAAUAAAAUGCAUUUAAAUACAAAUCGUUGCGUAUAAUUCCCCGUGUAGAGCGGUCAAAAGCACUAAGAAAGUAUUAUACGCGUUUGCAACAUGAAAAAUACACGAUUUAAUCGCUUUUUAAUAUAAAGAUGUUCCCAUGUUUUUGUUUACAGUUUUAUUUUUAGGCAGAUUUUUCAGGCUUUUCAGUUGUAUUUGUAACAUUUCCUGAUAUGAUCGCGAAUUCUAUAAUUACAUUCGCCCAAAAAGGUUAAGUUUCACCUUGCCGAUAUUUUUCGUUCUAUAAAUGUCAUGGUUUUCAUGUACUAUUUAAAAAACGAGCAGGAGUGUUUUAUUAGGUUUAAAGCCACGAGCGCGCAGCGCGAGUGGCUUUAGACCUAAUAAAACUCGACCUGCGAGUUUUUAAAUGGCUUCAAAAACGUAUGCAUAAUAAGUCAAAUCUUUAUAUAAAAAUCUUUAUAUAAAAAUCUUUAUAUAAAAAUCUUUAUAUGGUUUGCAUAACAAUGGUCUUUUGUUAAAGUGUUCUUUAGCUGGUAUAAAGACGUAUGCACGUGACUAAUUUCUUACUCAAUUCAUGAGAAUUAUUAAUGAGUUUUUGAAGUAGAUAUAAAUAAUCUUUGUAGUAAUCUUUGGAGAACUAAAUAUACCCCUGCAACUCCUGCAUCCAGGAGAAAUUGGUAAAGAAUACGACACAGAUUACACUCGACUUUUUGUACACUGCUGGCGUUGUAGAAAUCUUCGGGUUUGAUAUUAUAUGUUUCAUUCUUCUGUUUUCAGGUACUCGUAGUCUUCAAUCUUGCAGAUCCUCAGUCACUACUUGGUGAAUGGAUUGCGUUAUUUUUGAAAGCUGCUGAAAUGAAAUAUGGUACGAACACUUUAGCUGGUUGAAAUCUAUUUUGUUGUAUA